AUGGCUAGCCUUGAUCCACCAGUAGUUUUUCUGGAUGUGUCACUAGGGCCGCAACCCCUCGGACGUAUCAAGAUUGAGCUUUUCGCUAAAGAUGUUCCUCGGACUGCAGAGAACUUCCGUCAAUUUUGUACAGGAGAGUAUCGUGUCAAUACAGUGCCCAUGGGUUACAAGGGCUCAUCAUUUCACCGGGUGAUUCGCGACUUUAUGAUCCAAGGAGGCGACUUUGUCAAAGGCAAUGGAACAGGCCACAUGACAAUCUACGGACGCGAAACUUUUCCCGAUGAAAACUUCAUUCAUAAGCACAAGGAGUUUAAUGUCUCUAUGGCUAACUCAGGACCAAACUCCAAUGGAUGUCAGUUCUUUAUCUGUUGCAAGGACCUGCCUCAUCUUGACGGCAAGCACGUAGUCUUUGGACGUGUCAUUGAGGGUCAAGAUGUUGUUCGCAAAAUUGAAUACGUGCCAACCGGUGAAAACAACCGGCCAUAUCCCCACGAUGUACUUAUUACACAGUGUGGUGAGAUGUGA